AUGAGCGCCGAUGAUGACGCCGAGUGGCUGCAGUGGGUGACCAAGCAGUUUGAGAGCAUCGCUGGCGAGGACAAAGAAAUCGACCUGGAAGAGUUCAAGACGGCGCUUAAAGUGAAGGAGUCUUUCUUUGCAGAGAGAUUUUUUGCCUUGUUUGACUCAGACGAGAGUGGAACCAUCAGUUUAGAUGAGCUACUGAAAGCCUUGAACCUGCUCAUACAUGGAAAUGAGUCAGACAAGCUGAGAUUCCUCUUCCAAGUUUACGACGUGGAUGGUAGCGGCUCUAUCGACCCAGAUGAGUUGCGCACGGUCCUGAAGUCCUGCCUGCGGGAGAGCGCCAUCUCCUUGCCAGAGGAGAAGCUGGAUGACCUGACGCUGGCACUUUUCGAAUCGGCCGACAAGGACCACAGCGGCUCCAUCACCUUCGAGGAGCUCAAGGAGGAGCUGGAACGUUUCCCGGAGGUGAUGGAGAACCUGACCAUAAGCGCUGCCAACUGGCUCAAGCCCCCCGCGCACAAGAAACGGAGCCGCCGGCCGCGCUACCUCACCCCGGCGUACUGGCACAACAACCGGAGCAAGCUCCUCUUCCUGGGCACCUACGUGGGCACCAACAUCCUCCUCUUCGUCCUCGCCGCGCUCCGGCACGCAAGUGCCGGGGGCUGGGUGCAGGUGGCUCGGGGGUGCGGGCAGUGCCUCAAUUUCAACUGCACCUUCAUUGGCGUGCUCAUGCUGCGGCGGUGCCUCACCUGGCUGCGAGCCACCUGGGUGGCCAAAGUGCUGCCGCUGGACCAGAACGUUGUCUUCCACCAGCUCGUGGGGUACGUGGUGGCCGCGCUCGCCACCGUCCACACCGGCGCCCACGUGGGCAACUUCGCCAGGCUGGCUCAGACCCAGGCUUGCUAUUCCCUCUGGGAGUACCUGUUCACCACGCGCCCCGGCAUCGGCUGGGUGGGCGGGAGUGCCUCCAUCACGGGGAUCAUCCUGCAGCUCCUCAUCGCCCUGAUGCUCCUGUGCUCCAGCACCUUUGUCCGCAGGAGCGGCCAUUUCGAGGUCUUCUACUGGACUCAUCUCUCCUACAUCCCGCUCUGGGCUUUGCUGAUUCUCCACGGCCCGCAUUUCUGGAAGUGGUUUGUCGUGCCAGGGUGCCUCUUCGUGACGGAGAAGAUCGUUGGCCUCGCUGUGUCGCGCAUCGGGGGGCUGUCCAUCAUGGAAAUCAACCUCCUGCCAUCCAAGGUGACUCAUCUGGUGAUUAAGAGACCGCAGUCUUUCCACUACAAGCCCGGAGACUACGUCUACCUGAACAUCCCAGCCAUCGCCGCAUACGAAUGGCAUCCUUUCACCAUCAGCAGUGCUCCUGAACAGCAAGAUACCAUCUGGCUGCAUAUCCGGUCUCUGGGACAAUGGACCAACAGGCUGUACGAGUACGUGAGGCAGCCCGAACCGCCCGGCCUGGCACCGAAACGCUUGACCCGCAGUCUCAGGAAGAAGAGGUGCCAGAAAUGGAUGCAGGAUCUUCUGUUCGGGUCCUCGGGUUCAGCUGGCACGGUGGCCACCUCAAAGGAUGAAGCGAUCGAGCUGACGUCUUACAAACCCACCAAACCUGCCUGCGGAUCUGCAGACCUCACCUGUGCCCAAAAGUCGGAAGAAGAGAUCCUUCAUCCCACAGAUGUCCCUGCCAAGUCGGGGGGAAACCACCAGUUCUGCAACAUUAAGUGCUAUGUUGACGGCCCCUAUGGUACCCCCACGCGGCGGAUCUUCACUUCAGAGCACGCUGUGCUGAUCGGCGCUGGGAUCGGCAUCACCCCCUUCGCCUCCAUUCUGCAGAGCAUCAUGUACAGGUAUCGCAUGCAGAAGCAGAACUGUCCCAACUGCAGCUACUCGUGGUGCGAGACCCUCAAGGAUGAUGACAUGAAACUCAGGAAGGUCGACUUCAUCUGGAUAAACCGGGACCAGAAAUAUUUCGAGUGGUUCGUCAGCCUGCUGACGAGGCUGGAGAUGGACCAGGCUGACGAGGAGCCUGAAGGCCGCUUCCUAGAGAUGCACAUGUACAUGACGUCCGCCCUGGGCAAGAACGACAUGAAGGCCAUCGGCCUGCAGAUGGCUUUAGACCUCCUGGCGAAGAAAGAAAAGAAGGACUCCAUCACGGGACUGAGGACCAGAACCCAGCCAGGCCGCCCCAACUGGAGCAAGGUCUUUCAGAAGAUUGCAGAGGAGAACAAAGGGAAAGUCCAAGUCUUCUUCUGCGGGUCUCCUGCCCUGGCGAAGGUCAUCAAAGCUCAUUGCGAGCAGUUCAGCUUCCGAUUUUUCAAAGAAAACUUCUAACCCUCUCCAGUGUGGGAGCUUGCCGUGGUAGGUGAUGUGCUAUGUCUGUGUUUGCUGCCUGUCUGGAUCGUGCCUGCCUUCCUCUCACCUCAAGCAAUGGGAACAGUUUUAUGU